AUGAAGUGUAUCCUCCUCUGGGCUCUCUUGAACCUGCCUGUUUCCUUUGCCUUUAAUCCAGAUUAUACAACUGGCUUCACUCCACCCUACUUGGUCUACUUGAAGUCUGACUACUUGCCCUGCACCGGGGUCCUGAUCCACCCACUGUGGGUGCUCACAGCCGCACACUGCAACCUGCCGAAGCUUCAAGUGAUGUUGGGGCUUACAAUCCCAGCAGACACUGAAGAAAGUGACGUGCAAGUCGUUGGCUAUGAGAAGAUGAUCCAUCACCCAUAUUUCUCGGUUUCUUCUUCUGAUUAUGACCUCAUGUUAAUCAAGCUGAACAGAGUGAUUGAACCCAGUAAUUAUGUGAACGUGGUCAACUUGCCCUACCGACUUGCCCCUGUGAAUACCAUGUGCACUGUCUCCACCUGGGCCUACAACAUAUGUGACGAAUCCAAGGAGCCUGACUCACUGCAGAACGUGAACAUCUCAAUUAUCUCCAAAUCAGAGUGUCUCGAUGCCUAUAAAUCUUACAAGAUCACGGAAGGCAUGUUUUGUGUGGGCAUUGUGCCAGGAAGGAGGCUGCCCUGCAAGGAAAUCUCGGCUGCCCCUGCAGUAUGCAAUGGGGUACUUCAUGGAAUCCUGACUUACACAGAUGGAUGUAUUCUGAGAGCUGAUGUUGGCAUCUAUACCAACAUCUUUCACUACAUGACCUGGAUUAGGAACACAAUCCACCGCAACUGA